AAGCAAUCUACCAGCUCAGGAGCCACCCACAUCAGCAACAUCAUCUCCCUUGUAUCAGGUAUUAACCAAUCAAAUCCUUGCAUUGGAUAACACUCUCUAAUGUAGACCAAUCAAUGCCCAUGAUCAUGAAUCUGACGUGGCAUGUCCACAUCCACCAGAGCUUGCAUAUAGUAGUAUCUUGCAAUUUGGAUCCUCAUCAUACUUCAUCUACCUGCUUGGCUUGGCAAAUUCACCUGAGUUUCUGAGGCUUCUCCCAAAAAUGGCUUCCCUUGGCAUGUCAGAAAUGCUUGGAAACGCCAUCAACUUCGGUGGCGCCACCAGGUCAGCACCAUCUCCCUCUAGCCCCGCCACCUUCAAGACAGUGGCUCUUUUCUCCAAGAAGAAGCCAGCACCAAAGCAGAAACCUGUUGCUGUUGCUCCUGCUGACGAGGAACUCGCCAAGUGGUAUGGUCCUGACAGAAGGAUCUUCUUGCCUGAUGGACUCUUGGACCGAUCUGAGAUCCCAGAGUACUUGACUGGAGAAGUCCCCGGAGACUAUGGUUAUGACCCAUUUGGUCUUGGCAAGAAGCCAGAGGACUUCGCCAAAUAUCAGGCAUUUGAAUUGAUUCACGCCAGAUGGGCGAUGCUUGGUGCUGCCGGAUUCAUCAUUCCUGAGGCCUUAAACAAAUAUGGAGCCAACUGUGGUCCUGAGGCUGUUUGGUUCAAGACCGGAGCUCUUCUUCUUGAUGGGAAUACGUUGAACUACUUUGGCAAACCCAUCCCCAUCAAUCUCGUUGUUGCUGUCGUUGCUGAGGUUGUUCUUUUGGGAGGUGCAGAGUACUACAGAAUUACUAAUGGACUGGAUUUCGAAGACAAGCUUCAUCCAGGCGGUCCAUUCGACCCGUUGGGGCUUGCAAAGGAUCCGGACCAGGCUGCGCUGCUGAAGGUGAAGGAAAUCAAGAACGGCAGACUUGCUAUGUUUUCCAUGCUUGGUUUCUUCAUCCAAGCUUAUGUGACCGGAGAUGGUCCUGUUGAGAACCUUGCAAAACAUCUCAGUGACCCUUUUGGCAACAACUUGCUCACAGUCAUUGCCGGGAAUGCUGAGAGAGCUCCAACUCUGUGAAUCAAAUCAAUCAUCUUCAUGUGUUUUUCUCUAAUCUCAAAUGUACAAUACAUCAUCUCACUGAGACCUUAUUAAGGCAUUUUGCUUUGUUUCUUUGGAAGCCAAACUCACUCUUAAUUUAUGUAGUGCCUGAAUAGUUUGGCCUUGAA